CACGCGAGUCACAGGUAGAACUCAGAAGAGUAAAGCUUAAGAAAGAGAGAAAUCCCCUCCUUUGCCUGAAGAAGCGCCGACACUCGAAGGAAAAGGAAAGCACAUCUGUUCUUGAAAGCUCGCAGCUGCGCGUUUAUCAGACGAGUCACUGAAGAACUGUGGGAAAUGAAGUCCAUCAGCAUCGCCCUCGCUGUCGCGGCCGCCGUCGCCUGUCUCUGCGUGUUGCAGAGUGAAGCUGUGCCUUUCUCUCAGCCUGAGGUCGAGCAGCAGAUGGAAAAUGAAGCUCCUCAGCAAGAACAGCGCUGGACUGCAGCUUCGGCGGAGGAGACGCGGCCAGAAGAGGUGCUGUUCAGGACAAAGCGCCAAAGUCACCUCUCCCUGUGCCGCUACUGCUGCAACUGCUGCAACAACAAAGGCUGCGGAUUCUGCUGCAGGUUCUAACGACCUGGACCAAGCUCAGAUAUUCCCGAGUUUGUGGGAAGACCAUUCAGAGACUUUAACUUAUUUAUCUCAUCCCUCUCUAACAUUAAUUUCCUUCUCCUCGGACCUCCCGAAGUGGUGAAAGGAACCCGCAAAAGGCCUGCUAAUGCAAAAUGGCUCUAAACGAUGGCUGCGGCUCUCAUGCUGUUUUUAGACAGUGACUGUCCAGCACGCUUCUCCAGAAAUGUUGUUGACAUGAGGCUAGUUGCUAACUAGCCUUUGCUUCACUGGAUGUAGAUGCCACCACUAAUCUACCACAAAGAGAAUGUGUGUUAGCUACACAAACUAGCUAGCAUGUAGCUUAAUAACGAGGGUUAUAGCUAUAAGAAAGUUGACCUAAAGGACGUUUCAAAGGAUUCGCUCCUCUAGAAAGUGGAAGCUUAGCAUAGCUAGUUGCUAGCUGGCCUUAGCUUCACUGGAAGUAGAUGCUACAGCAAAGCUUAGCAUAAGUAAUCUGGGAAGCUUCUCCAAGUAGUUAACUUGAGGCUAGUUGCUGACUAGUCUUGCCUUCACUGGAAGUCAAUGUCAUAACAAAGCUAACAUACAAAAAGUAGGUUAGCUGCACAAAUUAGUUAGCAUUUAGCAUAGUUUAUAGUUUAUAGAAGCUAUAAUCAAGUUCACUGAAAGAACGCUGCAAAGGAUUCAGUCAUCUUGAGAACAAGUGGAAGCGUAGCAUAAUGUUGGAAUCACCGUAGGCCUACUUAUCAAACUAGCAUACUGUAAGGGCUUCAUCAAUGAAGCUUUACAGCUUGCAGGAAAAUAUGUAACUUAACAAAAAGACAGGCUUGUUCUAGAUAAAUUAAAGUAACUGUGUUUUCUACACGUUCAUUUUGUACAUUUUUAUGCCUAUUGUACAUAUGUUAACCCAUUGAUUAUUGUUAAGUGGGUUUUUUUGUUAUAUUAGGUUUUUAAUAAACAGGUUUCAUACA